AUGUCUAUCCCAAGCACGAUUGGUAAUUUGCAGAAUUUGGUUAGUCUAUCUUUGGCACGUAAUGGACUUGAAGGUUCAAUUCCAGUGUCCAUUGAGAACAUGAUUAGCUUGGUUACUCUUGAUUUCUCCUACAAUAACAUUUCUGGUUCAGUGCCAAAAUCUUUGCAAGCACUUCAAUACCUCAUCUACUUCAAUGUUUCUUUCAACGCUCUAAGUGGAGAAAUUCCCAGUGGUGGUCCUUUUGUGAACUUCACAAUGGAGUCCUUCAUAGGCAAUGAAGCACUAUGUGGAAUUCCAAGGUUGAACAUAAUGAUUGAUGUGGCUAUGGCAUUGGGGUAUCUUCACCUUGGCUAUUCCACUCCAACUGUACAUUGCUUGAAGCCAAGUAACAUCUUGUUAGAUGAAGAAAUGGUAGCUCAUGUGAGCGAUUUUGGUGUAUCAAAACUAUUGGGCAACGAGGAGAGUAUUGUUCUAACAAACACUCUAGCGACAUUGGGUUACAAUGCUCCAGAUGACUUAAAUGAAGAUGACUGCACAGGUUGGGCUGAUAAUUCGAGCACUGAUUGUAUCGAGAUAACUGAGACAGCCACAUUGGCUGCGCUGAGAAAGCUCAGAUAA